AUGUCUGCUGCAUUUCGAAUCUCUCCAGCCCUAUGGGACAAGAUUCACCACUUUGCAAGCUUUCCUCAGACGGGCGUCUCGUUGCAGCAGAUGGUGCUCUUCGGUCAACACCCAAGCCAGGGAACUCUCCUCAAGGCGAGCCAGUUCCUCUCAGAGGAGCUACCCGUCCGCCUCGCACAUCGUGUCAAGGAGCUCGACCAGCUUCCACAUAAUCUCAGUGACAUGCCUUCCAUACGAAAGGUCAAGAACUGGUAUGCCCAGUCCUUCGAGGAGCUCAUCAACUUUCCCCCCGUCCAACUCCCACAACACCUUCGUCAGCACCUUUCCUCGUCAGGCCACGAAAUCUUCUUACCUGACAGCACCCCAAACCCAAGUCUCGCCGCCCUCCAGGACCACGAUCACCCUCUCUUCAACUUAUCCCAUCUCAAGGGCAAUGCGAACGGCAUCGGCAACGUCAAGCUCAGGGUCCCUUUGGAGCGCAGAUAUUACGCCAAGUCAUCAUCCAUCGACUGGCCACCUUCCGUUCUCGACUACAACGCCCGUUUCACCCGCAUGCUCGAGGCUAUAAAACGCAGGCAUGACCCUACAGUCACAACAGUCGCACAAGGCGUUCUAGAAUGGAAGCGCAGUCAGAACGCCAAGAACAUCGGCCUUGAUAUGCAGGCUUGGCUUGAUAGAUUCUACAUGAGCCGUAUUGGUAUCCGCUUCUUGAUCGGCCAACACGUCGCACUAAACACACAACAGCCACACAAAGACUAUGUAGGCAUCAUCUGCACUAAGGCUAACGUACACGACAUCGUACAGGAAGCCAUUGAAAAUGCUCGCUUCGUCUGCGAGGAACACUACGCCAUGUUCAAAGGCCCUCCUGUUCAACUCAUUUGCCCUCCCAACCUCAUCUUUCCCUACGUCCCAGGCCAUCUCUCUCACAUCUGUUUCGAACUUCUCAAAAACUCACUCCGUGCCGUCGUCGAUCGUUUCGGCCAUGACGCACAAGACGAUAAACCAUACCCGCCCAUCAAGGUCAUCGUCGUAGAGGGAAAGGAGGACAUCACCAUCAAAAUCACCGAUGAGGGCGGAGGAAUCCCGCGUAGCGCCAUUCCCCUCAUUUGGACCUACAUGUAUACGACUAUGACGGGACAGAGCAUUGACCAGGACUUUCAAGCUAGUGACUUUCAGGCUCCGAUGGCAGGAUUUGGGUAUGGACUGCCGUUGUCGAGAUUGUACGCAAGGUAUUUUGGGGGUGAUUUGAGGUUGAUAUCUAUGGAGGGGUAUGGGACGGAUGUGUAUAUCCAUCUCAAUAGGCUUUCGAGUAGCCGGGAGCCUCUCCCGUAA